AAUGUGUCACAUGUGUCACGUUAAGCGCAUGGACGUUGCAUCUCCGUAACGAAACGAAACCCAAGCAGCUACAUAAUUUAAAACCCAGUGUUUUUUUGUUUCUUACUAGAUCAGAGAUAAGUUGAAUUAUUCGCAAGUGUUCAGGCUGAAGGAGAGACGCGUAUCUGCGGGGAAACCGACUCAAAGACUCAGAAAGCGGCUCAGAUGACAGCGUUGUCUCUGCAGUCCGUGCAUCAUGCUUCCUCGAGCGGGUAAGGAGUUCCUGGUCCGCAUACGCCUCUCCUGGAGGCCUCUCUUCCAGGGCAGGUACCUCCUGAUGACCAACACCCUGAGUGGAGGUAUCAUGCUGUCUCUGGGAGACAUCCUGCAGCAGACUCGGGAGAACCACAGGGAGCCGGCCAGAGUCCGAGACUGGGGCAGGACGGGUCGCAUGUUUGUGGUUGGCUGCUCCUUGGGUCCUCUGCUGCACUACUGGUACAUUUGGCUGGACAGAGUGUACGUGGGGAGAGCUAUGAAGACCCUUAGCAAGAAGGUCCUGGUGGACCAGCUGGUCGCCUCACCAACACUGGGAAUGUGGUACUUUUUAGGUAUGGAUCUCUUGGAGGGACGCAGUUUAUCUGAGGGAUGGGCAGAGUUUAGAAGCAAAUUCUGGGAGUUUUAUAAGGCGGACUGGUGUAUUUGGCCACCCGCUCAGAUGAUCAACUUCUACUUUCUCUCUCCCAAAUAUCGCGUAGUGUACAUCAAUUUCAUCACCUUAGGGUGGGACACCUACCUCUCUUAUCUCAAACACAGAGGCGAAAGCCGGAACGCUGAACUGGCAUCAGGCGGCAGCAGCCCUGUGGAUUCACAGCAGGAAGAGCUGCAGCAGACUAAACCUCUGGAGGAAAAAAGUCGGUUAUGAAGCUCAUCAGAUGCAGAAGAGCGUUGUGCUAUUUCUGUGUGUUUUUUGACCUCAUUUCCUCUCCUUGCGAAAUGCUGCGGCACUUUCAUGCGAAGUUUAUCGUCUGUUAUUCUGUUGAUCACAUUUGUCUCCCCGAGGAGUCUGGGACGUUUGAUCUGAAGUGUUGAAUCAUUUUAAUGCGUUUGUGUCUAGUGUGUCUAUUUAUGUCUGAAUGAUGUGCACUCCUGCGGGAACAUUCAGGGAUGAAAAGCCGUUCCACUGCCCUCAGACGACGCACUUUCCACUCAGACAGUACAUUUUCCAGUUGUUGGUGGGGGUUGUAGAGAAACUGAGUGCAGUUAAAUUGCUAUUUUUUUAAACAAGUGCCAUCUUUGCAUGACAUUACACCUACAGCUCCAAAAGGAUCUGAUUCUGUUUAUUUCAGAUGUAUUUUUUCUAAUAUGCUGUCAUGAAAGACUCAGUUUUAAUGUUUAACAACAGUUAGUGUACCGUAUUUUCUGGACUAUAAGCCGCUACUUUUUUCAUAGGUUUUCAACCGUGCGGCUUAUACAAAGGUGCGGCUAUUCUGUGGAUUUUUCUUCCACCGCUAGGGGGAGUGCUAACCGGAAUUAGAAUAAAAACUAAGACAAAAUAAAUGCAAAGAAGAAUACGCUACUUCUUCUUUAGUAGAUAGAAGUAGGUAGAAGCAGAUUUCAAACAGAUAAAUAGAUAAAUAAAUACCGGUUAUUUUCUUUUGGUUCAGUCCCGUUUUAAUCAGCAAAGUUGCUGCCGUGUUAAAAGACACUGUUAGGAAAGGAUCUAUUUAGGUACAAACAUGUACAUCAUUUACACUUCAAAAUCGUUAUGUACAUGUAGUAAAUAUCUAAUCUAACAACAUAAAUAUCUGCGGCUUGCAUAUUUUUUUAAAAAAUAAAAGUGGGUGCGGCUUAUAUACAGGUGCGGCUUGUAUAUCUUUUUUUAUUGUUUUUUAAAAAAUAAAGCGGGUGCGGCUUAUAGUCCAGAAAAUACGGUAACUUUGCCUUAAAGUGUAAGUGUCCAGUGCUGCGCUGUUAUCUUACCAAAUAAGUUUAUAUUUAAUGAUGCACGACUGAACAUACUGUAGUGAUUAUGGUUAAAUUUAAAAGCUUGUAAUGUGUCUGUUAAUAUUACACAGGAUCACCAACUUUUAAAUAUUAAUUUGAAUCCUCAAAUGGGAGGUGAAUUUAGAAAGGUUUAGACUAUUUAAAGUAACUUUAAACUGACUAUAAAUUGGACCUGAUGUACUGUUUAAUCCCCACAUAUGAUUUAUGAAUGAUGGUUUUUUCAGGUUUAGUAUUUCAUUGUUUUAUUUGGUGAUUUAAAAAGAAACUGCUGUAAUUGUAUCAAAAGAUGAAAUCUGAAGCAUUAAAUAUCAGAGAUGUGUAAUUAUGUCCAUCAGACACAUUCAGUAUAAAUGACUGUCUUUCAUCACAUUGAUCAUCCUUAUCUGCAGCACUAUGCAUUUGCUUAUGAAAUCCUCUUAAUGUGGGUUUGUCUUAUAAUUUUUAUAUUUUGUUAUUUAAAAAAAACAGAAAAAUGAAUAAAACAAGUAUUUAUCUUUAGCACUUUUUGAGGAAACAUUUCCUUCAAAGUUUGAACCAGCAUAGUAAAUACCUGUCGUUAUUGUCAUUAUGACUCUUGGGGUCUGUGAUGAAAACUGACGCCAUUGUGAAUUAAAAACAAAUGACAACUUCCCAGAA